AUGUCUCGACAGCCCGACAAUGAUGCACCGUCGUCAGACUCGGCCCGCCCUAGCGGCCUCAGCAACGUGCUCCGUGGCCUCACUAGCUCCAGGAGCACUCGCUCGCCGCCACACAUCCCCUCCCCCGCUGCUCCUCAACCAAAGACCGAGUUUAUAAAUGCCACGCCCAUACACUCUCGCGGUCUCGCCACCAACCAUAUGGAUGCCCUUGAACUUCUCAGAUCUGGUAUCCCCGCAGAGUGCAUCUCCGCCGCAGACACCCUGCGAUUCGCGAUUUCCGAAUACCCUUUGAAUCCCGUUCUCGACAUUUGGUACGCAGCCAAGGACUUGGUCGACGAGCACAAGCCCCCCGCUGUCCGGGUUGCUGGUUGGGGGCUUCUGACAGAGUGUGUCAAGCAUACAGCCUCAACAGACCUCGAACGACAGGAAUAUUUCCAGACAGUGACCGCCCCUGCCCACCCAGAUGAUUUUCACCUACAACUGGCCGCCUUGGUUGACCUGACCAACGGCGGCCGCAAAUUGGCCGGCUUUGACUAUGAAACCAUUCCAUUAUUAAUAGAGUGGCUUCAGCAAGCAUACAAUGCUGCUAGGCUCGCCCGCAAAAAUGCUGCCAGAAGCUCCAAACCAUCCAAACGGGCAGCCGCGUCAGGCGAAGACCACAACCUGUCACAGCUCUUUUCCUUUAUCCAUGAUGUCUUGAAGUUCGGCUACAACACAGCUAGCGAAGCCAUCGUCUCCAAACUCAUCGAUAUGCUUCUCAACAUCUGUAUGAGCACCAGCGUCGAAGACGAUCUCAAGUCUUGUAUUUCCAUUCUCGAUGUCAUCGUUACAUUUGGCUCCAUUCCCGGCGACAAACUCAAAGAAUGUAUCCAGGUCUUGGGCUCCAUUUUCUGCCUCGUCCCUGGCCUCCAUAAGGGCUCUUGGCAUACAUUGUCCAAUCUCUUCAAGUCUCACAAUGGCCAAGCUACUGUGCGCAUCCUGCUCGACAUUCUCCGCAAUCUUUCUCCAGAGUCUUCCAACGACAAGGAUACCAGCAGGGAGAUACGCGGGGCACUUUCGGUACUUCAAAAACUUCUGGCUAAGAGCACAGAUAAAGGAUACCCAAGUGUCCCAUACGCCUUGCUUGUAGAUGGCCUAGCGACGGCCCUCAAGGCAUCGACUUCCAUCAGAGUGUAUGGAUCCAUCAUACAGCUGCUCAAUACUCUAUUCGAUGACGGAUCUGGUCAAAUGCAUAAGCUCAUUAUCGACGAAGACUGGUCUAUCGCACUGCGCGUCUGUGCCGAGUGUUACAAGAGGGUCGUCGCAGUUGUUGGUGAUAAGACAGCCAAAGAAGAGUCCGCUGGGGAAUUCCUUAUCACGGAGUUGACAACUCUAAUUGCACGCCUCGAUCUUUUAAUGAACCAAAAGACAACAAACUACAUACCCCGCCAGACAAUCGUCAACUUCUUCACUCAAGCCCCAGAGCUGCUUUCUGAUGCUACUGCUAUAACAGUACUCAAUUAUUUUCAAGAGUUCAGAUGUUGCUCACCUUCCGACUUGGACUGGGAGGAAAACAUUUCCUUAGUACUGGAUGCUUUCUUUCUUAAUCGCAAACGCCCUUCCAAGACUCGUCUCAUCGCCUUGAGCACAAUUAUGGAUGCAUAUGAUGUUGUGGAACUGGUCGGUGAUGGAGCAGAGCAGAACUUUAUACCCCGCCUGACCAAGCGAAUCAUCCAAGAUGUUGCAGAGGAAACCGAUAUUCCCGUUCUCAACGCCAUCAUGAGGCUCAUUGUUUCCGUUGUCAAAUCUUGCGAUAUGGGACUAUUCAAUUACAUCAUGGGUACCCUCAAAGGUAUAGUUCCAAAUGACAGGGUUACGUCUCCUGUCAUAGGCACCGCCCCGAUUAUCCCCAGUAUCGACGAUGUCGAAAAGCGCGAGAUGUUGUCUGAAGAGUCGCCAUCCAAUACUGUUGCGCGAGCCUAUGUCAGCAUGUUCUUGCAACUGAUGAAUUCCCAUCAUGAAAAAAGCGUAACGCUCUUCAAAGUUCUGGUCAGAAUUGUCAAAUCCGACCACUGUGAAAUCGAUGCGCGUUUAUCUACCAUGAAGCUACUGUUCAGACUUCGCGCAGAUUGGGCCUACAGAAUAUACGUAACUAGCGACUUGGAUGUUGAUUUUCUGGCGUCUUCAAUAUGCCGCACAGAAGCGGCUCUAACGAAGAAGAAGAGCGAAGAGGCCGCGGAAACUAUGCGGCUUUCUCGAAACGAUCACGCAACCCCAGUUCGUCCUGCCAGAGGCGUCUCUUUUAGCCACAGCGAAAGAGGCAUACCUGUUCGAGCGGCUAGCGGUACGAGUGUCAGGGUAACUGCCAAACACCGACAGCUUUGGCAGUAUCCAGACCCAAAAGCUUUGCCCUGUGAAGCGCCCGCCGCAAUCAGUCCCAUUUUGGUGUCUCACGUUGAGCAGGAUGAGUCCGCGGAUUCGUCUUGCUCAGGUUCAUCCACGGCGGCCACGACUCAAGCACUAGACAUUGCUGUAUGGCUGAAUGGGGUCCUUGCGAUACUCCAAGGCUCAAAUUGGGAAAUCUACAGCUUUGUUUUGGUGCACUUGCCACUCCAGUUGAGCAAUCAUGCCAUCUUCCAGAGUGCAAUUCCGCAAGUACAAGAGCUACGCAAGGUACUGUGUGACCACUUGCGAACAAAUGUACUUCCCGAUCCCCCAAACGUUCAUGGUCUCAGGAAGGCCGAUGUAGCCAUUUGUCUCUAUCAGAGUUUGACCAUGAUUCUGAGCUACCACGAAUACUUUCAAAAAUCUGAAGAAGACGAAAUCGUCAAGACUUUUGCGCAGGGCAUUUCAGGAUGGGAACGCUCUGCAAAAGCAUGCAUCCAUGCGCUAUCUAUCUGCUGUCACGAGCUUCCGCUAUCCAUGAGCAAGUCCUUGGUUCAAAUAUUGACACAAAUGGCGCAGAUCAUCACGCAGCCCCAUGUCUCCGUUCACAUUCUGGAGUUUCUCUCCUGUUUGAGCCGAAUGCACAAUGUUUAUGUCAACUUUAGAGAAGAAGAGUUCCGCACCGUUUUUGGAAUCUGCUUUCGAUACCUUGAUUACGCGAGAGAGAAGCGACACUCCAACCGAAGCAGCAGAGCCAGCGAGGCAUCAACACCCGCAACUCCGCAAUCUGGCCACCCAGAGAAAGAGAAUAGUCACGGCCCUGUGUCAGACGACCUGCCACAAUACGUACACGCCAUUGCCUAUCAUGCCAUAAUAUUCUGGUUCUUGGCUCUUAAGCUUCCUGACAGAGCCAACCAUGUAUCAUGGAUUGUUAGAAAGUUGUUCACCGAUGUGGACGGUCCAGCCCAACAGGUUGAGGAGCAAGCUGUGACUUCGGUCGACUUUAUGCAGCGUGUGACGUAUGCCGACGCGGAUGAAUCCGCCAAAGAUCCGUACUUUACUGAGGAUCGGUUUGGCCGGAUUGGAAAGAAGCGAUGGCUCAUCGGAAAUAGCAUCGUAACGGUCAAGCAGGCCACGCUCACGGGCUGGGCCCAUGUUGUCAAAAGACAGCCGUCGGGUACCUCGGCCUACACGAUUCGCGAAGCGUAUCGCCCUCCGCCACUGCACCAGAUCGAGAAUCACUUGGAUAUUGCCAGGGAGGGCCAGGGCACGAGCCAGGCCAUCCUGCCGAACCAUAUCCUAGUGCAGCUCCUGUCACCUAUCCCGCAGGGAUUCGACGGCGCACGACCUAUUGCAUUACCUGACGACGAUGCCGUUGAUCGAGCUAUUCGGGUCUUUGAUCGAAGCUCCAGUCUCGAUGGCCACAAAGUCGGCGUGAUUUACAUUGGCGAGGGUCAGACUGACGAAGCUGAAAUUCUGGCCAAUAUGUCUGGAAGCAGCGAUUACAUUGAGUUCCUGAACAACCUAGGCACUCUCACCAGGCUGAAAGGCGCAACAUUUAAUACUCAGGGACUAGAUCGCGAGUAUGAUUCGGAUGGCGAGUACACAUUCUGCUGGCGUGAUAGAGUGACGGAGAUUGUGUUUCACGUCACGACGCAAAUGCCAACCAACCUGGAGCGAGAUCCAUCUUGUACGAUGAAGAAGCGGCACAUUGGCAAUGACUUUGUCAACAUCAUUUUCAACGACUCUGGCAAUCCGUUCAAGUUUGACACGUUUCCUAGCCAAUUUAACUUUGUCAAUAUUGUCAUCACGCCGGCCUCGCGAGCGUCGUUUAUCGUCCGACGAGAGACCAAGCCCGAGACAGACGUGGGCCAACCGUUCUACAUGGUCAAGGUGAUGAGCAAGCCAGGCUUCCCGCCGAUUUCACCAGCGUCGGAAACCAAGAUGGUGUCUUUGAGGGCUCUACCCGGGUUCAUUCGGCUGCUGGCUCUCAAUGCGACUAUGUUCGCCAUGCGUGCGGGACAGCCUGAACAGCCUUCGCCGAACCAGCGUGGCGACUUUUUUUACAAGCGCCAGCGAGCAGACUUCGCACCGGUCGUCUGUGUUGUCAACAUCGACGACUACGAAUGA